CGCCCCAGUGCAACUUCACGACCCGUCCGAUCCCAUCAAUUCCGACCCCGGACGACACUUUAGCGCGACGGUGCAGACCUACCACCUCUACUGUCUUUACUAGACUUCUCGAAUACACCCAUCCCUUCUAUCCGUCCACGUCCGCCCCGCGAUCAUGGUUCACAAAGUCCUCUUCUGGAGCGGCUUCGGCAUUGCCAUCCGCCUUUGGCAACUCGGAAUCGAGAUGCGUCCCAUUCUCGCCAAGGAAUCUCUCUGGGUUUACCCUCUUUUCGCCGGUGUCGGUGGCAGCUUCGGCUACUGGAUGCAGGGUGUUGAGAACCGUCAGCUUAAGAUGCUCGCUCAGCGACGAGAGGCCAUCCUCGAGAAGCGCCAACGUCGGGACCAGCGGGAAGGAACCAGCAAGCUUGAGGAGGGUGCUGUCCUGGCCACCGCCUUAUAAGCGGCUGGUCUGCGUUUGAUGUGGUGAAUAGCGAGGAGGCGAGCAUUGCGUGUGUAUUUCUUCUUUUUUUUGACAUGUACCAAAAUUCCACGGUUUGAUAUCGGCAUCCAACCUCGGGAAGUCUUCGCGGAUGAUAAUCCGGCAGCGUUAUAGGCGCUGUAGAAAAUGAAAUAGACUUUCAUUAACCACUCUCCACC